UGCUGCUGGCUCAGAGAUUAACUGGGAUAGAGAGGGAUUACAGUCUGCCAUCCCUAGGAACGCUUUGUUGUAAAAUCACAGACAUGUUGUCACCGGGGCUGUGUACUUUGUUCUGAAACAUUACCUCAAAGAUAAGGUGAACGUCACUGGAUAGUUGCCUUACACUGAAGAGACCUGUUUCGCUGAAGAGACCUGUUUCGCUGAAGAGACCUGUUUCGCUGAAGAGACCUGUUUCGCUGAAGAGACCUGUUUCGCCGAAGAGACCUGUUUCGCCGAAGAGACCUGUUUCGCCGAAGAGACCUGUUUCACCGAAGAGACCUGUUUCACGAGGUCAGGGGUGAAGGAUCAAGGAAUUGUCUGAGAAGGUCUGACAGAGAUGCUGUCUGGUGUGGUAGAGGAGGUGAGGCUGGCUAUCCACAGUGACAUCAGUGGGUCUGAAGUCCUCUACAGCCUUCUCAGUGCCCCCUGGCUACAGUUCCUACUCAAGGUCUACGAGUGUCUGCAGAAGUUCAGAAGGCUUCCACCCAGUCCCUACCUGCCUUAUGCCUCUGGUCUCUCUCACGAGAUCCUGUCCAACAUCAGAGCAGUACCAGCCCCGUCCCCAGAGGCCAGACAGCUCUAUAGUCUACUGAAGUCCCCCCAUCUACAGGCCCUCCUCUCAGCCCAUGACAUGGUGGCCCAGAGGGACUAUGAGCCAGUCCUCCCUCCGCUCCCUGAGGACCUGCCGGAGGACGAGGAGGCCAUGCGGAUCGUCUGUCUGGUCAAGAACAAACAACCUCUGGGAGCCACGAUAAAGAGGGACGAGGAAACAGGAGAGAUAUUCAUAGCCCGGGUGAUACACGGAGGCCUUGCAGAUCGCAGUGGCCUUCUGCAUGCAGGGGAUCUGCUGGUGGAGGUGAAUGGGAACCCUGUAGAAGGACUGGACCCAGAACAGGUCAUACAGAUACUGGUCCAAUCUCAAGGCACAAUUUUGUUCAAAGUGAUUCCAAACACCCCACAAUCAACUAAGAGCCAACAGCCAGCCUUGCUGUAUGUGCGGGCCAUGGCAGACUACUGCCCCCUGCAGGACCCAGCUAUCCCCUGUCCUGACGCUGGCAUGGUCUUCAGUAGAGGAGACCUGCUGGAGAUAGUUGACCAGACAGACAUCCACUGGUGGCAGGCUAGGAAGCUGCCCAGUGCCUCAGCCUGCGCCGGCCUCAUCCCCUCCACCAGUCUGCUCAAGAGCAAACAGAGGGAGACGUGGUGGUCACAGCCUUUCCAGGCCCACACCUGCAUCAAACCCUUGAGCAUGGCUGGUAAUGAGGACGACGUUAAGACCAACAAUGGGAAUGGUGCCAUAGCAGACGAAGAAGAUUUUGAAUCUGAGGACCUCAGAGAAGUGUAUUCCGAAGAGGCGGAAGAAGGAACACAUACCAUGAAUGGCAUCUACAUCCCGGGAUUCCGGCGUAGCUUCCGUCUGUGGCGGAGGAUGACCCAGUCCUGCUCCUGUUCUCCCAGCACCCAGGCUCUGUCCAGCCCCUACGAAGAGGUGGUCAGCUACCAGAGACGACCUGACGACCCGCACAGACUGAUCAUCCUCGUAGGUCCUUCUGGUGUAGGGGUGAAUGAACUGCGGAAAAGACUGAUCAAACUCAACCCACGCACCUUCCAGGGAGCUGUACCUCACACAACGCGACCAGCCAGAGAUGGAGAGGGGACUGGUAAAGAAUAUAACUUCGUCACCAAAGAACUGUUUGAUUACAUGGUGUGCAACCACAGGUUCCUGGAGUAUGGUGAAUAUAAAGGCCAUCUAUAUGGAACCAGUAUUGAUGCUGUCAGAGACGUGAUAGACAGUGGGAGGAUGUGUGUUAUUGACAUUGAGCCACAUAGCAUCCUGUCCGUGAGGAAUAAGAAGUUCAAACCUUAUGUCGUUUUUAUAAAGCCUCCCAGUACAGAACGACUGAGACAGACACGGAGGGAUGCACGCGUCAUCACCAGCUAUGUUGUCAACAGACCUUUUAAAGAUGUUGACUUUGAGGAGAUGGAGGAUGCUGCCAGGUUCAUGGAGGGGAAGUACGGUCAGUACUUCGACCACGUCAUAGUCAACGAGGAGCUGCAGGAUGCCUGUAUGCAGCUGUUCAAUACCAUACAGCUGGCUCAGGAGGGACCACAUUGGAUACCUGCCGCAUGGCUCAGUGCUGAGGACUAGAGAAAGGAG